CAGAACCUUUGACCAAAAAAAAAAAAAAAACCAGAACCAAAAACUGAACUGCUCUCACCGUAACUCAACCACAGACACCGAGCUCACCACCGCACACGCUGCCCCCAAAAAGGUUAUUUCUAGUCUCCUUACUCUCUAAUUUUCAGCACACAAAAACAACAUUUCAUAUUAUCAAAUAAUUCAUAUAAAUGUACCCCUAACCCUAACCCUAAAUUGAUCUCCAUUUUUCAAUCAUAUUCUAAAAGAUUAUCUAUUUUCUUUGUGAUUAAUCAAGUAAUCGAGAUGCUAGGAAAAGUGAGAAAGGUUUCAGCUCGUGGAGAAACAGUAGCAGCAAACUAUGCUUUCGGUCCUUCUGAAGAUGAUGUAAUUAUCAAACACAGACUUCUCACACGUACAACAACCACUAGAGGUGAACCUCCAUUGAAGAAGCUUCAGAAAAAGUUCACUUCUUUCGUUUCCGAGGUAGACAAAGAAGAAGAUAACUACAAUGACUGUGAAAAACUCGCCAGAGCUUUUUUGCAGGAACUUACCACAUUUGAAAUUCCUCUUUUGAAAAGCAAAGCAAUUGUUGAGGCUAAUGUUAGGGAGAAGGACAAUUUCAAUGAGUUGAAAGACGAAAUGAAUCGACAGAUCUUGCAGGCGCAGGUUGAUAUUGAGGAUCUUAAGAAGCAAUUGGAAGAGAGUAAGGUUGAUAGACGGCAUAAAGAGGAGUGUGAGGCUAUUAGGAAAUUGAUUGCUUUGCAGCCGCCGAGAUCCGAGACGAUGAAGGUUAUAACGGAGUUGGAGAAAGAGAUUGCAGCCUUGGAUGCAGAGAAUACCGCUGGUUCGAGAUUGUUGGAGCUUCGGAAGAAGCAGUUUUCCCUUUUGUUGCAUGUGGUGGAUGAGUUGCAGAAUACAAUAGAGGAAGAGCAAAAGAGUUUAGUUGAAGAGAUGAGAAUAGCAACAGAGGAGCUUAAGAAUGGGAUGGAUGAUGCAAGUGGAGGGUCAGAAGCAAUGGCAGUUGAUCAAUAACUAGAUUGAAAGUCUCACUGUUGUAGCAUCUCUUACACACAAUUCAAUCUUGGUGUUCUGUAACAUAUGUAAAUGAAAUAUCAGUGUUAUUAUGCUGGUGCUUAGAACUUUGUAACACUCGAAGCAUUUUGAUUGGUGUAUUCUAUGACAUUUUUUCUGAUAUAUUUAACAUCCUUGGGUCUUUUUUCA